AUGAAGACCGCAAACCUCACACACAUGGCCAAGCUGCUACUGCCACGCGCAAGCAGGCAGAAGGGCGUCCUCCUGGCCAUGGGCAUUCUGGUCAUCUUUGGAUUGAUAACACAUACUUGGGGAUUUUAUUUCGAACCUCCCAGCCUUCUGUCGUACCGAACAACAAGAAGGUCAAACCCGCAUCAAGUGAAGCUCGCGUCGCACACGUCGGAUUUAAUGCACGAUCUAUGGAAGCCCUUUCUUCUCGACAUUAAUGCGACAAGCUUUAUCACCGACGAGGGGUACCUCUACGAGGUGCCCAAGGAGAACGAAAACUGGUCGAAGCCACUUGGCAAGAAACUCCUCAUUUUGGAUGUUGACACUCGAUUGGACAAGGGACCCGGCGCUGUGAUGAAUGACUCGGCGCUGGAUUACAAGGAAAUGAAGGGACGAACUGGUGGAAUUAUGAACCAUUAUCUCUAUGCGAUGAUUCAUGGCUAUGACUACAAAUUUGUCCGCGCCCCCGAUUAUCCUAAGCGACAUCAGACAUGGGUCAAGGUCCCAGUGAUCCGAGAAGCGCUCAAGAGCCACGAUUUCGUUGUUUUCCUCGACGCCGACGCAGAAUUCAUGUACCCCCAUGUACCUUUCGAAUGGUUGAUGAAGCUAUGGAACAUCACGGACAAGACCCUUAUUGCGCUAGCAAACGAUCCCGGCGAUUCUGCACGAAACCGCGACGAAAAGGGCAAGGUCUCGCAAAACACUGGCUUCAUGAUCGCCCAGCAGAGCAACAAAACACAAGAACUCUUCGAUGACUGGGAGCACUGUCCAAGCGAGAAGAAAUACAAGGGCUGUGCGCGAUGGGCCAAUGACUGGGCACACGAGCAAGCCGCAUUCUCCAAUUACGUACGAUACAGCUAUAACCAGUCCCAGGAGAUUGGCACGAUACCAUGCAUGGAUGGGAAUGGCGCUCCGUAUAUUGGAGACAAGACGUGUGGCGGAGUCUUCAUCCGUCACCAUUGGUUCCGCAAGGAUGACCCUGCAAAGGAUCUCCAACGACUGAUUCUCGAGGCUUUCAUGCGAGUCGACAUACGUACCCGCUCAACCAUUUAG